AUGGCCUUCCUGAUACACCUGCUGGUCUGCAUCUUCGGAACGGGUUCCUGGGUAGCCAUCAAUGGACUCUGGGUAGAGCUGCCCCUGCUGGUGACAGAGCUGCCCGAAGGCUGGUACCUGCCCUCCUACCUCACAGUGGUCAUCCAGCUGGCCAACAUCGGCCCCCUCCUGGUCACCCUGUUCCAUCAUUUCCAGCCUGGCUGCCUUUCUGAGGUGCCCAUCAUCUUCGCCGUGCUGGGUGUGGGCACCAUCGCCUGUGUCCUCUUCGCCUUCCUCUGGAAUAUGACUUCCUGGCUCCUGGGCGGCCCCCAUAGCAUCGCCUUCAUAGUCCUCACCUUCUUCCUGGCCCUGGUGGACUGUACCUCUUCGGUCACCUUCCUGCCCUUCAUGAACCGGCUGCCCCCCCAGUACCUCAACACCUUCUUUGUGGGUGAAGGGCUCAGCGGCCUCCUGCCUGCCCUGGUGGCUCUUGCCCAGGGCUCAGGUCUUACCACCUGUGUCAAUGUCACUGAGAUGUCAGACGUGCUAACCCCUGUGACCACCAGGGAGACCAAUGUCACACAGGUACCCGUUCUCAGCACCUUGUCAGCUGUCCCCAGGACAACAGCCACAACCGUGCAGCUCGAAAGCCGCUACCUCCCAGCGCACUUCUCGCCCCUGGUCUUCUUCCUCAUGCUGUCCUGCAUGAUGGUCAGCUGCCUCGUCGCAUUCUUUCUCCUUCAGCACCAACGCAGGCACUGGGACACCUCCGUCGAGGACCUCCUCAACUCCCAGGUCACCCUCCACUCCAUCCGGCCACGGGAAGAAAAGGACAUGGGCCCUCCAGACAGUAGCCAGGGCCAAGAGCGCAGAGAAGAGAAGGCGGCCCCCCAACACCCAGCUCGUCUGGCCUUCAUCUACAUCUUGGUGGCCUUUGUGAACACACUCACCAACGGCGUGCUGCCCUCAGUGCAGACCUAUUCCUGCCUGUCAUAUGGACCUGUUGCCUACCACCUGGUUGCCACACUCAGCUCCAUGGCCAACCCUCUCGCCUCCUUCCUCUCCAUGUUCCUACCUAACAGGUCUCUGCCAUUCCUGGGAGUCCUCACAGUGCUUGGGACCAGCUUUGGAGCCUACAACAUGGCCAUGGCUGUGAUGAGCCCCUGCCCCCUCCUGCAGGGCCACUGGGGAGGGAUGGUAGUCAUCGUGACCUCGUGGGUGCUGUUCACCGGGUUUCUCACCUACGUCAAGGUCAUGCUGGGCGUGAUCCUGCGCGACCACAGCCGCAGCGCCCUCCUGUGGUGCGGGGCGGCGGUGCAGCUGGGCUCGCUGCUCGGCGCGGUGCUCAUGUUUCCGCUGGUCAACGUGCUGCGGCUCUUCCAGUCGGCUGACUUAUGCAACCUGCACUGCCCGGCCUAG